AAUGACAGCAGUUCCAGUACUGCAGGUGCUGGUCAACAAUUUCAGAACUGGAAGAUGAGAGCUGAACAAGCUAAGAAAGUUGAAUUCAUAAGAACUGCAAAAAAGCUAAAAGCUCAGCUUGCAAAUAUAGAAAAAGACGGAAAUGGAUCUCUUUACAAUAGGAAGAGUGAUUUCAGGGUAGAAUACAGCAUACUAGAGGACCUGGAACAUAGCAUGACUGUCAGCAAGUUCAUGGAUAAUGAGUAUUCACAUAGUCUAAAUAGUGCUGAUAGAAGAUACAGCUCUUUAGUACCUAAGAUGUAUCCAGAACUUCAUUCUCAUCAGUGUGGUAUUUAUGAACUCAUGAGUAGCCAAGUGGUAAAAAAGCAAGCAAAAGCUAAAAUCCUGCAGGAGCUAUCAAAAAUACAAAAUAAUGUGAAGGGACUUAAGCAACAAUUAAAAGAUGUGAAGCCUACACCAGAAUUUGUUGACAAGCUCAAGGAAAUGAUGGAAGAAGUUGAAACUGCAAUCAAUGUUUUUAAAGAGGAACAGAGACAAAUAUAUGAGUAGCUUUUGAAGGAGGAGAAAACUGCCAUUAAUGAGCUUAGUGUCUUUGAGAGAAAAGUGGAACUGUGGGUGUUAGGCAGCUCAACAACAGAAAAAGUUUUGAAAUUACCAUCAGCCAGGGUCUCAGCCGAUAAAACAAUGGAAAAUCAUCUACCUGAAGAAGUAGUAGAGUUUGAAAGAUUUCUUCAGCAAACAGGAGGGUGGCAAGGAGGCUGGGAUGAUUAUGAUCAUCAAAAUUUUCUGAAAGUAUGGGCAAAACACAAAGGAAGGCUGUCUUACAUAGAUGAAGCCCUUGAGUAUCUCUGUGGAAGAACAAAAGAAGAUAUUGAACAGCAUGACAAAUGGUAUCGAGAAUUUCUAAUUUUACACGAACGAAAGAAAGAGUCAAUUAAGAAGUGGAAAGAAAAGCAGCAGCAAGACAAAGAAGGAAACUUAAAGGAGAAAGAGACAUCAGAAAAAAUGCUCAAGGAGGAAUGGCUACAACAUGAAGAAGCUCAGAAGCAAAAAGCAGAAGAAGAAAGAAAAAGACAACAAGCAGCAAUUGAAGCAUGGAAGAAACAGCAAGCAAUAGCAUUUGCAAUGGAACAAGCAUCACAACUAAAACUACAAGAAGAGAAGGAGAAAAAGCAACAAAAAGAACAUCAGCACCAAUGCCACAUGAAGUUACUGUUGGAAAGGCAUACGUUGCAGAAGAAAGAAAAGGAGGAACUUGAAAAGCUUGAAAAGGAGAAGAGGGAGGAAGCUGAAAAGGAGGAAAGGAAGAGAAUUGCUGCAGAGGAAAUUACUAAGUUUCAAAAGCGUGAUCUACAUAAACUGGAGCUAAGGAUUCUACAAAAACAAGCUAAGGAAGCUGAGAAACGACAAAAGUUGGCAAAGUUAAGAGAGAAGGUCGAGAUUCACGUAACCAGAGACCGGUCCCGGUUGUACAGACCUACCGAGGGCUGGGAGGCACGCACAAAACAGAUCACAUCAGCGCCUUCAGAACCGCUUUUACGUAUUACUCAUAGAGCCAUCCCAGCCUGGAGACAAGGGUUAUAG